AUGAGCAUGGUUGAUGAUAGGGAUGAUGACAGUAUUCUCCUCCCGCCUGAAAUGCCACCACCAGCCAUGGAGCAACGACCUACCACCACUUUUCGUAGCCCCAAGGAAGCACUCAACGAUCUUGUCCAUAAGGUGGAUACAACCGAUUUGCGACAUGCUAUGAAAAACGAGAUCAAACGUCUCAUGAACGACCAUGAUCGGCUUGUGUGUAUGCUGCAACAGCGUUCCGAGUUGCUUGAAAAUGAGAAUGGUCAACUUAAAAUGGCGUCACUCGAAAGUCAAAGACGCUAUGAAAAGGCUGUGCGUGAAAUGCAGUUUUUUCGUCGAAAAUGUGAAAUGCAAAAACGACCUCGUAGUUUGUCGAUUGAAUCCGGAUCAUCCUCAGAGGCAGCUGCUGCUAAUAAUAAGAACAAAUUUCCAUUGACACCCACCAGCCCACAAAAUUCGACCUCAAUACUAGAUAAGAAUUCACGCUCUUCAUCUCAAUCAACAAGCACUUCGGCUGAACAUCAAAGAAUGUUUGCCGAACAACAAGAACAACAUCCUCCACCUCCACCUCCACCCCCUCCUCAAACACCACCACCUGCUAUUCCCCACCAACUUAAUACAAGUACAACCACUACAACACUUGCCAGCACAACAUCAUCAGCACACACAGUGAGCAGUAAUAACACCAAUACUAGUACUGGUACUAGUAACAGCAGCAAUAGUAAUAAUAGCAAAUCAAACACCACUCCUAUUGCAGUACCACCACCAUCACGAUCUACGACUACUACAGCUUCAACAACAGCAACAACAACAACUUCAUCUUUAAUUCAACAACGUCGUGUGGAUCCUUUAAUUUUUGGUGGCUCAGAUGCAUUAUGGGAGACCAUUGCCAAAAGUAAAGGUAGUGAUGUCACUGUGGAGAAGAUCAUUGGUAACUUUUUACGUCGUGGGGGAUCGCCCAAUACUGCCAAGCAAUCACCGACAGCGCAUGCUGUCAUGUACGGAUACGGCAUGAUCCAUGCGCUUAUUGUCACCAAAGCCCCUGGAUCGCUGGAUCUGCUAUUAGAGCAAGGAGCAAAUCCCAACGUCAUGACCCUAAGCCAAAUUGAAGAUGACAAGGUCACGCCGUGUUAUUUGGCCGCUAGUGUGGGCUGGCUCCCAGGCUUACAAAAAUUGGUACAAGCUGGUGGUGACUUGAUGGCUGCAAGAGGUGCUGGUAUCAAGAAUAAAACAGCAUUACAUGUCGCUGCAGAGCAUUGUCAUGCUGCUGUUGUGGAGUACAUUGUCAAUGAAACGGAAGGUGCUCUUAACCUAGAAGAGGAUAGCAAUGGUGCAACCGUGCUUCACUAUGCGUGUGCAUCAGGUCACACUGAUCUCGUCUCCUUUUUGGCACGCUCCUGCCAAAUCCCAGUCAACCAGCCAGAUCAUCGAGGUGAAUUGCCAUUGCAUUGGGCUGCAAGGCAUGGUCGUCUUGAAGUUGUCACCUUAUUGAUUGAACGUUGUGGAUGCGAUAUGAACAUUUACGUUCCUCGUAAAGUGGGCACACCCAUGGAUUUGGCAAAGAACAAUAAUCAUCGUCGUCUCAUGGAUUAUCUAAAAGGCUUGGGUGCAUUGACAGCAAAGAAACUCGAAAAGCGUCGUGAGGAUGAAGCUGGUGAUAACGGUAAACCUGAAGUUCUUGAAAACCGAUUGGAGAAAAACGGGUUCUUUUUCAAUGAUGACGAGUAA